AUGAAAUAUUACAAAAAUCCAACAUUCACGUAAAUGCUGGUGUAAUUUGAAAAUUCCAUCUGUGGUAAAACAUUUAACAGAUACAUUAACGGAUAUUUGCGGAGUAAAUAGAUGCGGUAAUUACAAAUGACAAUAUGACGCGGACAUUCAAUAUGUCGCCAACUACCCGUAUUGUUUUAGAUAAUGAUGCAGCCUAUCACCGAGAAAACCUGUCACGGUCUCGCUAGAGAUAUAUCGCCGAUCAACAAUAAAUAGGAAGUAGUGUGAACGUGAUAUCAUGUGAAUUAUAGUACACGGAUUGCCGGUUUGUAGAAAAAAGCAAUUAUAUAUGAUGUUUUUUUCCUCUGUAGAGAGUUUUAUUGAGAUGGUAUAGAUUAACAUUAACUGUUUAUGGUAUUGUUUUUAUUCAAUUAACAUUAAGGGCGUUAUGUUUUAAGCAUAUGGACUUCUAUGUGUAAUUCAAAUAUCAACAGUCAUGUUACAAGUAUAAAAGUAUUCUUGCAUGGAUUUUUCAAUAAAGGAUCGUUUUUGUUUUACAUGAUAUGACAUGUUAAAGGUAAGCAUACUAACAGCUGUUUCAGUACUAUAUUUACCUGCUAAUUUACACAUUCGUUUGUUUUGAAAAUAUUUAUAUCAGCAGAUGCUUAUUUUAUAAGCUUACGUAAAAUUGAAUUACCAUUAAGGUGACAUGAAAGGAAUCAACAUUGGAAUCAACAUUAUCUGACAAAUCUUAAGCCAUUUGGUUUUGUAACAGAUAUGAGGAAACAAAAUAAUAUAGCUUACAUAUGCUGUUUAUUUUACAUUUUUGUUAAAAUUACUUCAUGAUACAUUAUGACGCUUGAUCCAACGUCAGAUACAUGAUGCAUUGGUGGUGUUUUUUCUGGAUGCUCACGGCUUUAUUACUAUUUGUGUAUGGUAACACAUUGAGGCCACACAUCGAGAUUGACGCCAUAUUUGAUGGAGACGAUUAUCCACUGUUCAAUACAGUAUUUUACCGCGGAUUUAAGGAAAAUAAACUUCUCGCUAAGCACAACCUUAGUAUAAGUAAAAGAGCUGAAAAUUUGGAUGGAGAUAUUUAUUCUUCUUUGAAAAAAUUAUGUGGGUUUUUCAAUAAUCGAGAUGUAAGAGUUAUUCUAGUUGUGGGGAAAGAGUCAACAAUUCACACGGUUGGACAGGUAGCAGAACCCCUGGGUAUACCAAUAUUGGGGUAUACAACCGAUACAGCUGCUGAUAGAUAUGUACAGUCGCACAAUCCUCUUCUAUUGAUGUUGAAACCGUCCAGAAAGGACCAAGCCAACGCCUUUCUACAGUUCUUUCAGGCCAACUUUUGGUUUAAUAUUCUCAUAUUAGUGCAGGAUAUGUUUGUAGCAGAUGGAUUUUAUGAAGAAAUGAUGAGUAAAAUUUCUGAUCCUAAAUGGUCUCUUCAAGAAAAGAUUCUACCCGAGAGGAUUAGUAAUUUGGAGCUAUAUAAUCUUGUUAUUUCAUUGUUGGGCAAUCAGCCAAGACUUAUUAUUAUUCAUACGGAGUUAUCACUCGCACAGCGGAUAUUUAAAGCAGCAAAGGAGGCAAACCUAACAUCAUUCAAUCAUGCAUGGUUUGUCACGGAAGCGAGCUUCUCGCACGACCAGCAUAACCUUAACCUAUUCCCCGCUGGAACCCUUUCCAUAAUACCAAAUUACGCGGUAAAUCUAGAAAAUGUGAUAUUAGACGGGACCAAUUUUAUGAUAAAAUCUGUGAUAAAAUUUUCUAACAACAAAAAAUCUAUUCUGAGGAGCUGCUGGAAUGACUCAACCAAAUUAUAUAAAACUGUCGGUAAAGAAACUUAUAGAAAGUUAAUAAAAACGAAAUUAACAGGUGUCUCUGGAGAUAUUAUAUUCGACAAUCAGGGGAAUUUACAAGCAAACAGCUUUGUUGUGCAAAAUCUAGUGUUUGAAGAGGGGCAAAUAUUCUGGAGAAAAAUAGGUCAUAUACAUGGGGAAGAUGUGACCCCAUUUGGAAUUAUAUGGCCAGGAGAAUCUUUAACAAGUAAUAUUGCUUAUGGAAGAAAAAGGUAUAGAAUUGUAACAAAUCCUGUAAAACCAUUUGUGAUGGAUGAAGAACCUCAUCCUGAUAUUGGAGAAUGUGCAAAAGACACAACGUGUAUAUAUAUAAACUCUACGGGUAAACAAGAAAUCAUUCAGGCAUUACAAGAUUAUGAAAAUGGUAUUUAUAAUGACAGUCAUCCAUACACGAUAAACUGCUGUCGUGGCUUAUCAUUAGAUUUGCUCAAUAGACUCGCCAGUGAUUUAGAUUUUGAUUACACUUUGUACGUAGUCUCAGACUUAACUUACGGCAAAGAAAUCAAUGGGACAUGGAAUGGAAUGGUCCGUGAAUUAAUGGCCGGCACAGCACAUAUGGCUAUGGCGGCUUUUAGUAUAACUAGAUCGCGAGUGAAGGUAAUAGACUUCACAAGUACUUACUUCUUCUCAGGGUUUUCCGUGUUGUAUUCGGAGAAACAAAGAGCAUCAAAUAUGCAAGCCUUUCUAGAGCCUUUUGACAUACCUGUAUGGUUCGCCAUUCUGAUAAGUGCAACUAUUGCGGCUAUUGCCAUGGGACUAUUUGAAUGGAACAGUCCUUUUGGGUUAAAUCCGUGGGGUAAGAAAAGAAAACAGAAUUACACGCUGGCGUCUGGAAUGACAAUGGUUUAUUCAGUGUUAUUUGGACACACCGUUAAAACAAAGUCACCAAAGGCUUGGCCUAGUAAAGUGCUUCAAAAUUUCUGGGCCUUUUCCUGUAUUUUCAUCAUAGCCAGUUACACUGCCAACUUAGCUGCUUUCAUUGCCGGGAAACAUGCUGGUCUCUUCUAUAACAACAUUUAUGACUCCAGGUUGCUGGACAUAGAUGUUGGUGUUUUGCCCGGAAGUGCUGUAGAGGGCACCGUUAAACAGCUCAACCCAAGACUGCAUGCAAAGUGUCGUCAAGUAGACACUACUGAUAAUGCCAUCGAUAGACUUAUUCACAGAAAUUUGGAUGCUUACCUGGGUGAUUAUCCUAUUCUUGACUAUGCAAGGGCCAAACUAGACCCAGAAUGUAAACUUCGUUUGCUCACACAGACAUUUGGAGAGGACGGUUACGGCAUUGGUUUACCAAAAGGCUCUCCUCUCAAGAUGCCAUUGUCAAAGAAGAUUCAGAACUACCACGAGAGUGGGUAUAUAGAAGAUCUUAUAGAUGUACAUUUUGCUGAUUCUCAGUGUUAUAAACAACGCAUAAAACAGGAAGAUUCACGGCUAGAAGUGCAGCAUCAUGCCGGAAGUUUUGUUAUGUUAUGUGUCGGAAUUAUUGUAGGUGUAGGAGUACUAUUUUUAGAACACGCCAUCUUCAGAUGGGUAGUGCCAGCAUUAAGAAAAAAGCCCGGAUUAAGUUUUUGGAAAAGCGUUCACGUGAUGUUUUUCAGCCAG